CCUUCUCAAAUAGAAGAACGCGCGCUCGGAAGUCCCUUUUAUAUUUCGUCAUCAGCCCCAUAUUUCUUUGUAGCUGAAUCCGUUGCCAUUUCUCUUGGCUGAUCUGGGAUUAGGGUUUGGAGAGGAUGCCGAGAUCGAUGGGGAAAGGUAGCGUGCAAGUGACUUUCUCGAAGAGGCGGGCGGGUUUGAUGAAGAAAGCGCAUGAGAUCUCCGUCCUCUGCAACGCAAGCGUGGCGCUGGUCAUCUUCUCCAGCAAGGGAGCUCUCUACGAGUACUCCACCGACUCCAACAUGCAAAGGAUUCUUGAGCGUUACGAGCAAUGCAUCUAUGCAGAAAAAGCGCUCCCUCCAAAAGAACCUUUGUCACAGGAAGAAUUGUAUGGCGAAUAUAGAGAACUCAAGCGAAAGGUUGAUGCCAUGCAGAGGAGCCAAAGCCAUGCCAUGGGUGAGAAUUUAGAUACCUUAAGCGUGAUAGAGCUUCAGCAACUAGAGAUAAGGCUCGAAACUGCGCUGAAGCGUAUAAAGUCCCAAAUGAAUCAAAUACUCCUGGAUUCGAUUGCUGAGUUUCAAAGAAAGGCAAGAUUUUCUCUUAUAUGUCUUUUGAAUCAAAUCCCUGAAAAACAUUACUAAGAUUGAGGGCAUCCUUAAGUAGGCUGUCCAAUAGGCUACCAAACUUUAUUUAAGUCCAUUUAAUUAAGCUCUCCAAAACCCAUUACGGGCAUGAGAUAUCCUAGGUUAAUGGAAAGUGAAGAAAUGUAAUG